CUGUUCAGAUUACCAGAAGACGUCUGUGUACAGGGAAGGACACGGCUCGUUCUACCCUCAUUAAAUUAUUACCAGAUUGCAGUUCAUAUUCGCGCACGGCAGAGAGAGUGGAUGUAACCGGUAGAGCGGUUUCCUUUUCGUCAGGCUCUUCCAGAAUCUUCUAUUUUUUCUCAUGUUUAAUUGAUGCAGUUGAACAGCGAUUAAAACAGGUGACAUCGAUCUGGUUGAAAGGACAUGACAAGUGAGAGGCCGGCGGUGAAGAUGCCGGGUAUGGUGUCUCUUUCGGACUGUCAAAUCCCCCCGGGUCAUGGGCAGCCAGGGGGCUCUGGUACCCGGGAAAUAAUGGUAUCUGGCUCGGGUUCUAUGGUUCUACCGGCCGGGAUGAUCAACCCGCAGGUUCCCAUCCGGAAUAUCAAGAUGAAAUUCGCGGUUCUGAUCGGAUUGAUCCAGGUGGGGGAGGUUAGCAACAGGGAUAUCGUGGAGACUGUGCUCAACCUGCUGGUGGGGGGUGAGUUUGACCUGGAGCAGAACUUCAUCAUAGCGGCAGCGGAGAGCCUUGGCUGUAUGGUAGAGCUGUUGGAGCACUGUGAUGUGACCUGCCAGGCUGAGGUGUGGUCCAUGUUCACAGCCAUCCUCAGGAAGAGUGUCCGUAACCUCCAGAACAGCACUGAGGUGGGCCUCAUAGAGCAGGUGCUGCUGAAGAUGAGCUCCGUUGACGACAUGAUCGCAGACCUGCUGGUGGAUAUGUUAGGAGUGCUGGCCAGCUACAGCAUCACAGUGAAGGAGCUCAAACUGCUGUUCAGUAUGCUGAGGGGAGACCGAGGACUCUGGCCGAGGCAUGCAGUGAAGCUGCUGUCUGUUCUGAACCAGAUGCCUCAGAGACACGGUCCAGACACUUUCUUCAACUUCCCCGGACGCAGUGCUGCGGCCAUAGCGCUGCCUCCCAUUGCUAAGUGGCCUUACCAGAACGGUUUCACUCUCAACACCUGGUUCAGAAUGGACCCUCUAAACAACAUCAAUGUAGACAAAGACAAACCAUAUCUCUACUGCUUUCGCACCAGUAAAGGAAUCGGCUACUCUGCACAUUUCGUGGGCAACUGUCUGAUCGUGACAUCACUGAAGUCUAAAGGCAAAGGCUUCCAGCACUGUGUCAAGUAUGACUUUCAACCUAGGAAGUGGUACAUGAUCAGCAUCGUCCAUAUCUACAACCGCUGGAGGAACAGUGAGAUCCGUUGCUAUGUCAACGGUCAGCUGGUCUCCUAUGGCGACAUGGCCUGGCACGUCAACACCAGCGACAGUUAUGAUAAGUGCUUCCUGGGUUCGUCAGAGACAGCUGAUGCUAACAGGGUGUUCUGUGGUCAGCUGGGGGCCAUCUAUGUGUUCUCUGAGGCUCUCAACCCAGCUCAGAUAUUUGCCAUUCAUCAGCUGGGAGCGGGCUAUAAGAGUACGUUUAAGUUUAAGUCAGAGAGUGACAUCCACCUGGCGGAGCACCAUAAGCAGGUCCUGUAUGAUGGGAAGCUGGCCAGCUCCAUCUCCUUCACCUACAACGCCAAGGCUACCGACGCCCAGCUCUGCCUGGAGUCAUCGCCCAAGGAGAACACCUCCAUCUUCGUCCACUCACCCCACGCCCUUAUGCUACAGGAUGUGAAGGCCAUAGUGACCCACUCCAUCCACAGUGCCAUCCACUCAAUAGGAGGGAUCCAGGUGCUGUUCCCUCUCUUCUCCCAGCUGGACUACCAUCAACCCAACGCCCAGCACAACUACCAGCACCAUGAGACCCAGCUGGAGACUACCGUUUGUGCCACCCUCCUGGUGUUCCUGGUUGACCUGUUGAAGAGUUCGGUGGCGAUGCAGGAACAGAUGCUGGGAGGGAAAGGAUUCCUUGUAAUCGGGUUUCUGCUGGAGAAGUCCUCCAGGGUCCACAUCACGCGUGCGGUCCUGGAGCAGUUCCUGUCCUUCGCUAAGUACCUGGACGGGUUAACCCAUGGAGCGCCACUCCUCAAACAGCUCUGUGACCACAUCCUGUUCAACGCAGCCAUCUGGAUACACACCCCCGCCAAGGUCCAGCUCUCUCUGUACACGUACCUGUCUGCAGAGUUUAUCGGCACGGCAACCAUCUACACCACCAUCCGUCGUAUUGGGACAGUGCUGCAGCUGAUGCACAGUCUGAAGUACUACUACUGGACCUGCAACCCUGAGGCCAGCAGUGGCAUUACACCUAAAGGACUGGAUGGUCCAAGGCCCACCCAGCAGGAGAUCAUCUCUCUCAGGGCUUUCAUGUUGCUGUUCCUCAAACAACUCAUCCUCAAGGACCGAGGCGUGAAGGAGGAUGAGCUGCAGAGUAUCCUGAACUACCUGCUAACCAUGCAUGAGGAUGAUAAUAUCCAUGAUGUUCUUCAGCUGGUAGUGGCUCUGAUGUCAGAACACCCAGCCUCCAUGAUUCCAGCCUUCGACCAGAGGAACGGCAUACGGGUGAUGUACAAGCUGCUGGCCUCUAAGACUGAGAGCAUCAGAGUCCAGUCCCUCAAAGUCCUGGGAUACUUCCUCAAACACCUGGGACACAAAAGGAAGGUUGAGAUCAUGCACACACACAGUCUCUUCACUCUCCUGGGGGAGAGGCUGAUGCUUCACACUAAUACUGUGUCUGUGACCAUCUACAACACGCUGUACGAGAUCCUGACGGAGCAGGUGUGUACACAGGUCGUCCACAAACCCCACCCUGAACCAGACUCUACAAUCAAGAUACAGAACCCCAUGAUCCUUAAGGUAGUAGCGACCCUGUUGAAGAGCUCGUCCCCCAGCGUUGAGCUGAUGGAGGUUCGACGUCUCUUCCUCUCAGACAUGAUCAAACUGUUCAGCAACAGCCGCGAAAACCGACGGUGUCUGUUGCAGUGUUCAGUAUGGCAGGACUGGAUGUUCAGUCUGGGCUAUAUCAACCCUAAAAACCCAGAGGAACAGAAGAUGAUGGAGAUGGUCUAUAACAUCUUCAGGAUCCUGCUCUACCAUGCCAUCAAGUAUGAGUGGGGAGGUUGGAGGGUCUGGGUGGAUACACUCUCCAUCGCUCACUCCAAGGUAACGUACGAGGCCCAUAAGGAGUACCUGGCUAAGAUGUAUGAGGACUACCAGCGUCAGGAGGAGGAGAACAUUAAGAAGGGGAGGAAGGGUCUGGUCAGCACCAUCUCAGGCCUGCAGGACCUCCAGGCCGGGGGCAUCCAGGGAAACAUGGAGAUCAGAGAGAUAGACGACCACUCCCAGACACAGACCCCGGAGAGCGAGGCCGACUACCCCGAGACCCCCGGCCACCCCCGGAACAUACUGUCGGAGGGGAAGACGAGGGAGGAGGGGGGGCUCGGGGGGACAGGGAGGACGGGGAGGACGGGGUCAGGGGUCAGAGUGGAGGUUCAUGACCUGUUGGUGGACAUCAAGGCUGAGAAGGUGGAAGCGACGGAGGUGAAGCUGGAUGACCUGGACCUGUCUCCAGAGCCGCUGGGCAUGACAGUGGGUGUGGCUGGGGGUGUUGUCUCUGAGGACAGGGGCGGGGCAUUGGUCCAGGUGGACUCCCUAUUGGACAACGUGUACUGUGCUGCUGUAGAGAAGCUGAGCAGCAGUGCUGCCAGCGGAGUACUGGUACCCAACGCAACCGUCGCUGUCGUCCCCGACAACCACAACACCGGUCCCCUCAUCACCCUCGCUGACGACGACAAGGACAAUCUCCCUAGCAACAGCAGCGUCCUGUUUGGCCAGGAGGAGCCCCUGGUCCUGCCAAGUCCUGGUUCUAACCCAGAUCCAGACCCCGAGUCCCCAAUCCCACCAGGCCACAGCCAUAACCUGGGCCUGCUGGCCCACAUGACGGGCAGCUCUGAGCUGGGUACCGUCGGCACGGUCACUCCUGGUGGUCCGAUCAGCAGCAUCCUGGAGGAGGAGAGGUUUAAGCUCCAGACCACCCUGGGUGAUGUCACCUCCAUGCCCAGGGAAGAGGCCUGCUCUAAGGGGUCAGAGUUCACAGAGAAGGGGGCUGGAGCUAGAGCUGGAGGGUCUGGGGUGUCGGAGGGGGGCGAGCCUUUGGCUGGUGGGAAAGGUUGUGGGGCGGAUGCAGUCAGCACCACCUCAGACACAGAGAGGUCAGACGACGGAAAGGACAAGGAGGUUAAGAAGAUACAGACCACUACUACUACACAGUCCCUCCAUGGUCGUACAGCAGCCCAGUUAGAGCGUGACCUGCGUGUGGACCUGGGCUUCAGAGGGAUGCCCAUGACCGAGGAGCAGCGUCGCCAGUUCAGCCCUGGCCCUCGCACCACCAUGUUCCGCAUCCCAGAGUUCAAAUGGUCGCCCAUGCACCAGCGCCUCCUCACCGACCUGUUGUUGGCCCUGGAGACAGACGUCCACAUCUGGAGGAGCCAUUCAACCAAAUCCGUCAUGGACUUUGUCAACAGCAAUGAGAACAUCAUCUUUGUCCACAACACCAUCCACCUCCUCUCUCAGAUGGUUGACAACAUCAUCAUCGCCUGUGGAGGGAUCCUUCCUCUGCUCUCCGCUGCCACCUCUCCUUCUAGUACCCAGGUUAGUGCAUAUGCUGCUGAGUUGGAGAACAUCGAGGCGACCCAGGGCAUGUCUUCAGAGACAGCUGUGUCCUUCCUGUCCCGUCUCAUGGCCAUGGUGGACGUUCUGGUGUUCGCCAGCUCACUCAACUUCUCUGAGAUAGAGGCUGAGAAGAACAUGUCCUCUGGAGGCCUGAUGAGACAGUGUCUUCGACUGGUGUGUUGUGUAGCAGUGAGGAACUGUCUGGAUGUUAGACAGAGACAGAGGGACAGAGGGACCAACAGUAAGAGCCACGACAACCUCUAUGGUGCAGCAUCUGCCAACAAGGACCCUGACAGACUUCUACAGGACGUCGACAUCAACCGUCUGAGAGCUGUCGUAUUCCGGGAUGUGGAUGACAGUAAGCAGGCCCAGUUCUUGGCCCUAGCGGUGGUAUACUUCAUCUCUGUCCUCAUGGUGUCAAAGUACCGGGACAUCCUGGAACCCCAGAGAGAGACCAACAGGUUGAUCAGCCAAUCAGCAUGCAGCAAUCGCCACGAGAUCAACUCACCUACCAGCUCAGAGACCCCCCUGGCGUACCCUGACCACAGUAAGGAGCCCCCCACCCCUGUAGAGGAGCUCCACAUACAGAGAGGCUCUCUGCCGCACACUGACUCUGGCAUUGGAGAGGAACAGGUGGCCAGUGUGUUAAACGGAGCAGACCUGAACCCCUCAGGACCCGUGCGAGCUGACGCCAUGUCCUCCCUGCUCGGCAGCCUCUCCUCUGGGGAGAAGCAUAGCCAAGAGUCCCUCUUGGAGCCACCUGGCCUGGAGGUCCUAAGGACCGCCUCCUCCAUCUCCUCCAUCAGCCAUUCAAACAUCAACGUCCGAGAGAUCCUGAAGAGCCUAGUGGCUGGGCCUGUAGAGAUGGCGGAGCCUAGACCAGAGCCCCUCCCCUACCCCGAUCCUGCUGUACAGAGAGAGACCCAUCACCCCAUGCUGCCCAUGCAGUUCCACUCCUUUGACAGGAGUGUGGUGGUCCCAGUGAAGAAGCCUCCACCAGGCAGUCUGGCUGUGAACACGGUUGGACACGCAUCCUCCAGCAGCCUGGCAACAGGCUCCACCCCCAACAUCUUUGCUGCAGCCUCCAACACCCCCAAGAGCAUGAUCAACACCACUGGAGCUACAGACUUGGCCUCCUCUUCCUCCACCUCUUCCUCAUCCUUCGUCAACGGGGCCACCAGUAAGAACCUGCCUGCAGUCCAGCCGGUGGCACCCAUGCCUGAAGACACAGUGGAGAACAUGAGUAUCACUGCUAAGUUGGAGCGUGCGCUGGAGAAGGUGGCUCCCCUGCUCAGGGAGAUCUUUGUGGACUUUGCGCCGUUCCUCUCUAGGACCCUCUUGGGAAGCCAUGGCCAGGAGCUGCUCAUAGAAGGUCUGGUGUGUAUGAAGUCCAGCACCUCCGUAGUAGAACUAGUCAUGCUGCUCUGCUCUCAGGAGUGGCAGAACUCGAUCCAGAAAAAUGCCGGCCUCGCCUUCAUCGAGCUCAUCAACGAGGGAAGAUUGCUGUGUCAUGCUAUGAAGGACCACAUCGUGCGUGUUGCCAACGAGGCAGAGUUCAUCCUCAACAGACAGACAGCAGAAGACGUCCAUAAACAUGCAGAGUUUGAGUCCAACUGUGCCCAGUACGCUGCUGAUAGGAGGGAGGAGGAGAAGAUGUGUGAUCACCUGAUCAGCGCUGCCAAGCACAGAGACCAUGUGACUGCCAACCAGCUCAAGCAGAAGAUCCUCAACAUCCUCACCAAUAAGCAUGGAGCCUGGGGCAGCCUGGCACAGAGUCAGCUGAAUGACUUCUGGCGUCUGGACUACUGGGAGGACGACCUACGGAGGAGGCGGAGAUUCGUACGGAACCCCUUUGGCUCCACCCACUUGGACAUUCCCUGCAAGACGCUGGACGACUAUGGCAGCGAAGAGGAUGAGUUGGUCAAGUCGAAGAAGGGGUUCCGCAGCCAGGCAGUAGCCAAUCAGAGCCCAGAGACUGACCUGAUGUUGGAUGGAGACGAUGACAAUGCCAGUCUGCUGCAGGAGAAGGAGAUGGACAACCUGGCUGGCCCAGUGGUCCUCAGCACCCCGGCCCAGCUCGUGGCCCCGGUAAUAGUGGCGCGAGGGACGCUCUCCAUCACGACGACCGAGAUCUAUUUCGAAGUGGAUGAGGAUGACCCCUCCUUCAAACGGCUUGACUCCACGGUCCUGGCGUACUCAGAGGGUCUGCAUGGUAAAUGGAUGUUCAGUGAGAUCAGAGCGGUCUUCUCCAGGCGAUACCUGCUCCAGAACACUGGCCUGGAGGUCUUCAUGGCCAACAGGACGUCAGUGAUGUUUAACUUCCCAGACCAAGCCACAGUGAAGAAGGUGGUCUAUUGUCUACCCAGGGUCGGAGUGGGAACCAGCUAUGGCCUACCACAAGCCAGGCGUAUCUCCAUGGCGACGCCCCGGCAGCUCUUCAAGUCGUCCAACAUGACCCAGCGCUGGCAGAGGAGGGAGAUCUCCAACUUCGAGUAUCUCAUGUUCCUCAACACCGUCGCAGGGAGGACCUACAACGAUCUGAACCAGUACCCCGUGUUUCCCUGGGUUCUCACCAACUAUGAGUCCGAGGAGCUGGACCUCACCCUGCCGGGCAACUUCAGAGAUCUCUCCAAGCCAAUCGGAGCGUUGAACCCGAAGCGUGCAGUGUUCUAUGCAGAGCGCUACGAGACGUGGGAAGAGGACCAGACCCCCCCAUAUCACUACAACACCCACUACUCCACCGCUAACUCCACCCUGCUCUGGCUGCUCAGGAUAGAGCCUUUCACCACGUUCUUCCUGAAUGCUAACAACAACAAGUUUGACCAUCCAGACCGGACCUUCUCAGCCAUCACCCGCUCCUGGAGGCACUGCCAGAGAGACACCUCAGACGUCAGGGAGUUGAUUCCAGAGUUCUACUACCUGCCAGAGAUGUUUGGUAACAGUAAUGGUUACCACCUGGGCCAGAGGGAGGACGGCAUCAUGGUGUGUGAUGUGGAGCUGCCUCCCUGGGCCAACAAGCCUGAGGACUUUGUCAGGAUCAACCGGAUGGCCCUGGAAAGUGAGUUUGUGUCGUGUCAGCUGCAUCAGUGGGUUGACCUUAUUUUCGGCUACAAGCAGCGCGGGCCCGAGGCGGUGCGCGCCCUCAACGUCUUUCACCACCUGACCUACGAGGGUUCCGUCAGCCUGGACAGCAUCACUGACCCCGCCCUCAGAGAGGCGAUGGAGCAGCAGAUUCUGAUUGUUGGACAGACUCCGUCUCAGUUGCUCAUCGAGCCACAUCCUCCUCGCAGCUCGGCCAUGCACCUGUGUUUCCUUCCCCAGAGCCCUCUAAUGUUUAAGGACCAGAUGCAGCAGGAUGUGAUCAUGGUGUUGAAGUUCCCCUCCAACUCCCCGGUGACACACGUAGCAGCCAACACCCUGCCACACCUCUCUGUCCCUGCCGCUGUCACCGUCACCUGCAGCAGACUGUUCGCUGUCAACCGCUGGCACAACACCGUCGGUUUGAGAGGAGCGCCAGGUUACUCCCUAGAACAGGCCCACCACCUGCCCAUAGAGAUGGACCCUCUGAUUGCCAACAACUCUGGGAGUAAUAAGCGUCAGAUCACAGACCUGGUGGAUCAGAGCAUCCAGAUCAACACACACUGUUUCGUGGUUACCGCCGACAACCGCUACAUCCUGGUCUGUGGCUUCUGGGACAAGAGCUUCAGAGUCUACUCCACCGAGACAGGUAAGCUGACCCAGAUAGUGUUUGGCCACUGGGACGUGGUGACGUGUCUGGCCAGGUCAGAGAGCUACAUCGGGGGAGACUGCUACAUCGUGUCAGGGUCCAGAGACGCUACGCUGCUACUGUGGUACUGGAGCGGACGGCACCACAUCAUAGGAGACAACCCCAACAACAGUGACUACCCGGCACCGCGAGCUGUGCUGACCGGCCAUGACCAUGAGGUGGUGUGUGUCUCUGUGUGUGCCGAGCUGGGACUGGUCAUCAGUGGAGCCAAAGAGGGUCCAUGUCUUGUCCACACUAUAACAGGGGACCUGCUGCGGGCCCUGGAGGGCCCAGAUAACUGCCUGUGUCCCCGCCUCAUAUCGGUGUCCAGCGAGGGCCACUGUAUCAUCUGCUACGAGAGAGGACGCUUCUGUAACUUCAGCAUCAACGGAAAACUACUGGCUCAGAUGGAGGUCAACGACUCAACACGGGCCAUUAUGCUGAGUAGUGAUGGUCAGAACCUGGUGACAGGAGGAGACAACGGGGUGGUGGAGGUGUGGCAGGCCUGUGACUUCAAACAACUCUACAUCUACCCAGGCUGUGAUGCUGGUGUCCGCGCCAUGGACCUCUCUCACGACCAGAGGACUCUCAUCACUGGCAUGGCAUCCGGUAGCAUUGUGGCGUUCAACAUCGACUUCAACCGGUGGCACUACGAGCACCAGAACAGAUACUGAGGGUUACAAAGACAGAGGCAGUACAACAUGGCUGCUGUUUUGGAGGACACCUGGACACCACUGUUAACUACUGUUAACCAACUAUACAGGUUAGCUGCUGUUAACUACCUACACAAGUUAACUAGGGUUAACUAACUCCCGGUAUAAGAGUUAACUAAUGUUAACUAACCGUACAGGUCAACUACAAGUUAACUACAGGUUAACUAACUAACCAUAAACUGUUUACCAGAUUAGUAAUACAGUGUAGGAAUUCAGUGGGGUCCGAAAUUAUUGACACCCUUGAUGAAGAUUAACAAUAAUGACUGUAUAAAAUAAAUAAU